AUGGUAUUCUCGCGGUCGCCGUUCCCUCUGGAGGACGUGUCAGAUAGACACCUUCAGCAACUGUGCGAGGUGCUCUGGAGCUGGAAGAUUUGUCUGCGGUGCAGAGCUGGACAAGGCUGCAUUCCGCCGAAGUGCCCAUGGCCACGAUCCCACCGUCUGGCCCGAUAUUUUGCAUUCUACAAGGACAUUACGGCCAGCUACGCCCCUGAAUUCCUCCCCGGCAAUCAUCCUGCCUUGAGAAGUCAUGAGGAUGUGUUCGAGAUCAUUCGAGUGCUGAAGACUCAGCCUGAUGUGCCCCGUUCCCAGGUGACGCAGCACUAUUUCUCGAAUCGAGACAGCGGCAAUGCUCCUAUGCCACCCGUUACUGACCAGGACAGGGCUGUCUGUCUCGCGGUCAGAGCCAUGACCAUGAUCAAUUGCUCUGCAGAAAGGCAAUUUUCGGACUCGGUCGAGCUAGGAAUAAGACCUCUGCCGUGGCGCGGGGAGAUCUCGCUCUCUCAGUUCCUGACAGAAGCAUUCCCGAAGACAAACCACCCAGCGCUUAGCGAGAAAGAUAAUACAGGCAGCUCAUUGGAGAUCAAGGCCAGCCUGACGGCACAGAGACUCAAAAAGAUCGCCGGCCUGAAGUUCCGACCGACGAGCGAUCUUAGAGAACAUCUGAAGCUCGAGCAGAAGCUCGGAGUGGUGCUGAUCUUCCACCACACAGCCUUUCUGACCGAACACCUGAUCGCGAGCCGAUCUAUCUCCACGAAUGCCUCUCUCAGCCAAGCCAUCGAAUUAGGAAACAUUCCACGCCAACUGACGCUCGAGUCCCUCGACUCUGUCCAGCGAAUUCUCUUUCCGCCGGACCUACAGUCACAGUCUCUCCUGCGGUCCCUGGUCUCCAAAGCCGGCUUUGACGCUGACUGUUUGCGCUUUGAGUCCGCCCCUCACCGAUCCGACGACGAGAAUGAUAUCAUCUACCAGCAUUUCUGUUCUAGGCUCAUGGACCUCUACGACGAGCUCCUCAAUCCGACGCCGCGCAGCAUGGUUGACAAAUGGGUCGAGAAGAGAAGCGGCGCCAGACAUGUCAUGAUGGCGACGCUCGUUGGUGUGGUCAUCGCCAUCAUUCUCGGAAUACUCGGCCUUGCUGUUUCCAUCUUCCAGGCAUGGGUCGGUUAUCAGGCCUGGAAACAUCCUAUACCAAGUGUCUGA